AAUCCCAUAAAUACGCAUAGUGUCAACUUUGUACCUAAGAGCAAGGAGUUUCUGGAGUUAAUCGUGUGUGUUCAGAAAAGAUAAUGGAAUUUUAAUCAAAAUAAAUAACACAGCAGUGCCAACAAGAAUCCUUGCUGUCAUAAUUUGGGCUAGUUGGUGUGCCAAGAAUUACUUUGAGAAAAAUAAAUUUCAAAAGGACAUACAAGCCAAGGAGAGAACUAAAUCUGGUAAUGUAUUGAUUUACAUUAAAUUAAGCAUGAGCAAUAAGCCUCUGGAGCAAAGAAAAGCAAUGGCCAAUAUUGCAGAUCAGUCUCCAAACGGGACCAAAGAUUCUGGGAUUGCAAGAAGUCUGGAACAACUUGAAAACAGACUGACUAUUCAUGAUUUUAGGAAAAUGCAAGAGCUUUUUAAGGUGCCAGGAUCAAAAGAGAACAAAAGAAUGAUGACUAGAGAAGAGUUCAUGGAUAAAAUGUCUGCUGAGGUUAGGCGAGGCACGAAGGAAGAAUAUGGUGAGCUGUUCAAUAAGAUAGAUUUGAAUCGAGAUGGAGUCAUUGACUGGGACAAACUGACCUCCUUUGUGCUGCUUGAGCUGUAUGAGAGAGAUGAACGGACCAAGCUAUCAGUCAUCCCACAGUGGAAGGACCUCCAGCUUCUCCAAGUGAUCCAUAAAGAAGCUGUUCAAAAUGUACUGUUCUUGAAAAGCCAUGCCAGCUAUUUGACAGUGAGCAGAAAUGGAUUACUUGGCCUCUGGGGAGAGAGUUUAAAAUUGCAGAGGACAGUUCAGAUCACCUCAGAAGUCAUGAAGGUCAAAGACCUCUGGGUAACUUCUCUGGUUGCACUACCAAAUGUUAACAAGGUAGCAGUUGCAUUUACGAGCAAGGAGGUUUAUUUUGCAGAGCUGAGUUCCAAACAAGGAUUUUCAUGUCAGUAUAAACUUCAAGGAUUUGAAGGAAUUGUGAUGUGUAUGGACUACUGGUACAACCCUCAUGAUGGAAACGAUGCUAUUCUGACCAUGGGGGAUGUCUGUGGGCAGGUUCAGGCAAUUGCCUUCAACACAGCCCAGAUUUCAUUAUUUGAACGACCUUCCAGUUCUCCUGAAGAUGAAAACAUGAUGAUGACUGUUAAUUGGAAGGAACUUGUAUCUGGGUAUCACAAAUGCUGCCAUACAUUAAGGCACAAGCUCCAUGGUAAAGAAUGGGUUAGACAAGUUGCAUACAACUCCUCUCUAGAUGUAUUUAUAUCGGUUUCAACCAGUAGUACAAACACAUUGGUGCUAGCUUGGAGAGAAAAAUUAAGUCCUCAUCUGACAAUGACAACUUUCCAUAUCACCCAAGGAGUGAAUGGUUUUGAUUUCCAUUCCAGACUCAACUUGAUAGCAACUGCAGGAAUUAACUGCCGUGUUUGCCUUUGGAAUCCUUAUGUCACAUCAAAACCUGCUGGAACUCUGGAAGGCCAUUCAGACAGUGUAAUCGCUGUCCAGUUCAUUAUGGAACGCAAACUACUUUUCAGCUUUGCUAAGGAUAGGGUAUUAAGGAUCUGGGACAUUCAGCACCAACUCUGUGUCCAAAGGAUUACUGGUUCUUUCCCCAAAAGCAUAGACUUCCAUUCUGUGCUUUACUUUGAUGAACCUCAUGGACAUCUUUUCAUCUCAUUGAACAACCAGCUGAUGUUGUUGGAAAUGGAACAGGAAUCGGGCAACAGGAAGGUCACAAGUCACAGGAAAGCAGUGACUUGCAUUCUUUACAACUCUAUUUUUAAGCAGGUAAUCAGCUCAGAUAUAGGCUCUACUGUUAUCUUCUGGCUGAUAGAUACUGGGCAGAAAAUCAAAGAGUUUACUGGUUGUCAUGGCAAUGCUGAGAUCAGCACUAUGGCUCUUGAUGGGACUGAGACCCGGUUGCUCACUGGGGGAACAGAUGGAACUGUAAAGGUUUGGGAUUUCAAUGGACACUGUCAUCAUAAACUCAAUGCAGGAAGAGACAGAGCUGUAGAAAUCUCUCAGAUCUUAGUACUAAGCUGGACUAUACUAGUCCUAGGAUGGGACAGGUUGAUUACUGUCUUCCGCCUGAACAACUUGACUCAGUUUUGUGUUCAACCUUCAGAAUGGAAAGGAGGAGUUCAGCACCAAGAUGACAUCUUAUGUGCAGCAUUCUUGCCUCCACAGACUCUAGCUACAGCAAGUUCUGGAGGUGAAAUUGUGGUGUGGAAUAACAGUACAGAAAAUGCCUGCAUUAAGCUUUGCCUGAAUCCUGGAAGAUCACUCAAGCCCAGCACAGGUUCUCAGAUGCAGCAGAAUGUAGCUCCCACUGGCAGGCUGUCUUCUAGAAGACAUAUACUGUCUGCUGCUGACUAUAACAGCUCUGAAGCAGAGAACCGCAGUGCAAUAACAAGACUCUGCUUCUUGGAGACCAGGAAUAUUUCAGCAACAGGAGGAGCAAACCUAGUAUCUUGUGGAGGUGCUGCUUGUGUCAGAUUUUGGAAUACACAGAGGAGCAGCCUACUGGCAGAAUUUGAAGCUCAUGGCGGAGUGGGGCCCAUUAUCAUGACUACUGAAAAACAAAACCAGUACCUUAUCACAGGGGAUCUGGUGGGAUGGAUAAAGAUAUGGGACAUAGAGGACUAUUGCUUUACUUUGGGAGAAAAUAUGAUAACACAGCCGCCCCCUCUGAUAAGAUCAUUUCAAGCUCAUGACGACGGCAUCACUAGCCUGGGGACCUGCAUUGAGAACAACUGCCUGUUCAUCCUGUCAUCUUCAACAGACUGCAGCAUUGUUCUUAGUGACAUUUCUGGCAUUCCAUUUGGAAUAUUUGGGCAGGAAGGGCAUUGGAGAAUUGGAAAUUAUGUCCCGUCCUUCCCUAGCAAAGAAAACAAGUCCAAAAAUGAGGAGACGAAUGACAUUAAAAAGAAUAGUCCUGUGUCCUUUGUUGAAGACAAUCCACCCCCUCAUCCCGUGGAACAAGCUGUACCUGCUACAGAGGAUGAAAAUGACUACACUGACAUGGCAAAUGUAUGGGACAAUACAAUUCUCGGCAAAAGUUACAAAGAGAAAAAAGCUCAGAAAGGAAGAAAAGGCAUCCUCUUCAAUAGGAUUGCUGGGAUAAAGCCAACAGUUGUAUUUAGGUCAUUAAAGAUUGAAGCCCUGAAGGAGACGACUGAUAUAAAUGAGCUCAACUUUCUUGUACACCCUGGCAAAUACUUUGGGGAAAAAUUGGCUGAGAAGCGUUCAGAAGAUUUAAAGCUGCCUACCCUUUCAGCAACUCUGAAAGCUGCUUUUGAUGAAAAGAACCUAUUCCCCAAAGAAAUUCUGGACCGGGGGAAAAAAUCAAGGCAGCUCUGUGAAGAAAUGUGUAACAAAGUUGUGGUAACAAAUGAGGGAAAGCAAGUGAAGUUGAAAAGAAAAUGAAGCAGGCUUGGCUUCAAAAGCAAGAAACAGCUGUUUGCUGUUAGAAAAUGACAAAAUGCCAUGUGGGAUUUGUCUCACAGAUUAAGUUCCAAAUUUCAAAUAACCUUCAAAAGCUGCAUGGUUUUCCAUUGACUCUCAUUCAGCAAGAAGCAAAAAUGCUGACAUUACUUAUUGCUACCUUCAAAAUGAAAAAACAGUGAAGAAUUACAUCCCUAGACCACACUCUGAUGUUACUUGCCAGGAAUCCUGGUUCUGAUCUGUGAAACAUUGGAAGAAUGGCUUCCUCAUUGUCACAGGGCCUAUCAUUCAGCACUUUACACAGCAAGGAAGGAGGAACAACUGGGUGUUCCUGAAUGCUGAUUUUCAAGGAAGAGUGCAUAUCGAGAGAGAAAAAGGUUUGAAUGUGUGAUCAUAAUAAAAUCAUUACU